CUAGGUCUCUUAAAUUGGUGCUCAAGUCCACAAGGUAACUUCUGGACACCUCCCGCACUAACCACAAUUUCAAACCUCCAAUUUUCCAAACGGCGAAAGCAGCCAUAAUAGUGAGUCGAGUGAGAAAUCUGGCACUUCUCACAGUUCAUCCAAUUUGCAAGCCCAACAACCAAAAAGACAUGGCCCUAACGACCGCUCCGCCUGUCCAUGACGGGCCGCUUUUCCAGGAGGUCGACAUGGGCGCCGAACCAUCUGCACCCACGGUCCGAGCCACUGUGGUCCAGGCCUCCACUGUCUUCUACGACACCCCCGCCACUCUAGAUAAGGCCGAGAGGUUGCUGGCUGAAGCGGCUGGGCAUGGGUCCCAGCUGGUUGUGUUUCCAGAAGCAUUUGUGGGUGGUUAUCCGCGGGGAUCCACUUUCGGUGUUACCAUUGGGAAUCGAACUGCCAAGGGCAAAGAGGACUUCCGCAGGUAUCAUGCAUCAGCCAUCGAUGUACCAGGUCCUGAAGUUGACCUUUUGGCAGCAAUGGCUGGAAAGUAUAAGGUGCAUUUGGUAAUGGGUGUGAUAGAGAGAGAUGGAUAUACACUCUACUGUACUGUUCUAUUCUUUGAUUCUCAAGGUGGUUACCUGGGAAAGCACAGGAAGGUUAUGCCAACAGCAUUGGAGCGUAUCAUCUGGGGAUUUGGAGAUGGAUCGACAAUUCCAGUUUUUAGUACUCAAAUCGGAAAAAUAGGAGCUGCCAUUUGUUGGGAAAACAGAAUGCCACUUCUAAGGACAGCCAUGUAUGCUAAAGGCAUUGAAAUAUACUGUGCACCUACGGCUGAUGCCAGGCCCAUAUGGCAACCAUCAAUGACCCAUGUUGCCCUUGAGGGUGGAUGUUAUGUUUUAUCUGCCAACCAAUUCUGUCGAAGGAAAGAUUACCCCCCUCCUCCAGAGUAUGUAUUUUCAGGAACAGAGGAGGAGCUCAUACCAGAUUCUGUUGUCUGUGCUGGAGGCAGUGUCAUUAUAUCGCCAUCAGGGGCUGUUCUGGCAGGACCCAAUUAUGAUGGGGAGGCACUCAUCUCAGCAGAUCUAGAUCUUGGAGAAAUAGCACGGGCAAAAUUUGAUUUUGAUGUGGUUGGACACUAUUCAAGGCCAGAAGUGCUAAGCUUGAUUGUGAGGGACCAUCCAACAAAACCGGUUACUUUCACAUCAGCAUCAGAGGAAACUGAAGGCGGUCACAAGUAAUUAUAAUGUUCACCAGCCGGCAUUAAUGGUACUUCUGCAAAAUAUGGGCCUUGUCAUAAAUAAUAGGAAGGGCACUGGUAAUGACACCCUCUUUAUUACCGUUUGCCGAUGUAUAUGUUCAAUGCUGUUGUAUCUUCCUGCACAGACAUGUCUUUCUUGCAUAGCAUAAGUUAUUCUGUUGGUACAAAUCAAUAUCGUUGUUAUUCAAUAAUUACCAACAAAUAAUAUAUGGUUUUACUUCCUGUAACGUUAACAACAUGUACCACUUUUCAAAACUUAAACCCUGAACCUAUUUAGUUUGAUUUCCUUUUUCUUUU